AUGGCCGCCGAUGGAAGCGGCGCGUUCCUCGCGUAUCAUGAGCCGAACAUCAUCUUCAUCCUGACGCUGGUCUCUUUCUUUUUGUGCUUGGGCAUUGCGGAAUGGCUUGCCGACAAACUCAUCCGCGCGCCGCUGAUUGGGCACAUCACCGUCGGGCUCAUCUAUGGCGUGCCCCUCGCCAACAUCCUCGCCCCCGAUUGGCAGGAGACCUUUCUUGCCCUCGGCUACAUCGGCCUGAUCCUGAUCAUCUUUGAAGGCGGCCUGACGAUCCGUCUCGACCUCCUUUGCCAAAACCUUGUCCUCAGCGUCGUCGCCGCCCUCCUCGGCGUGCUCACCCCGAUUGCCCUCUCCUUCACCCUUAUCUACGCAGGCUUCAAUCACACCCCGCUCGAAGCCUUCAUAGUAGGCACCGCCCUCUGCUCCACCUCGCUCGGGACAACUUUUGUCGUCCUCGCGAGCGCCUCCAAAGCCAAGCCCAAAGCUGGGUCGGCGGAUCCCACCAAUACCCGCAGGGGUGAAGGCGUGGACUUCUCGCAGACCCGCAUCGGCACCGUCCUCGUCAGCGCCGCCGUGCUCGACGACGUCUGCGGCCUGGUGCUCGUCAGCGUCAUCCACAACCUGCGCAGCAUCGCUGACGGCGACGACGGGACCAGCCUGGGUUGGAUCAUCGUUCGGCCGGUGCUUGCUAGCGGGCUGAUGGCGCUGCUAACGCCGGCGAUGGUCAAGUUCAUCGCUGGGCCGCUGUACCGCAGGAUAGUGCAGCCACGCCUGGCCACCAAAUCAGCAAGACUCGGGCGCGUGUUCGGGAUUUUGCUCAUGGCGGUGGUAUUAGUGGCGUCCCUUGCCAUUGCGGCCUAUGCCGGCGCGUCGGUGCUAUUCGGGGCAUUCUUGGCCGGGGCAUUUCUCAGUGGCUUGCCAGGAGAGAUGAAUGGCCAGGGAGGGACGGCUGAAUUCACGGACACGUUUGAGCACUACUUGGGCGCGCCGCAAAAGUACGUCUUCCAGCCGCUGUUCUUUGCCAGUAUCGGCUUCGCUAUCCCGUUUGCCGAGCUGUGGACGAAGGAGGUCGUCUGGAAGGGGGCGGUCUACACCAUCCUGAUGGCCUUUGGGAAGCUCAUCGUCGGCGCCGUCGUUCUAGUCUGGGAUGUCCUCUCUCACCGGUUCAAGAAGCGCGGUUCGGAGAAGACGGAAAGAGGAGCGAUCGGCUGGGCGCCGGCAACGUUGCUCGGCGCGGCUAUGGUCGCUCGCGGUGAGGUUGGCCUACUCAUCAUCCAGAUCGGCCUAAACGAAACGCCUUACCUGACGAGGAAGGCCUUCGUCAUUGGCGUCUGGGCCAUCGUGCUCAACACCAUCAUUGGCCCUGUCCUGGUAGGCCUCCUUCUGAAGCGGGUUGGAUCAAGCAUCGCCGGAGAUGCUCGCUGGGGUGUCCAAGUGAAGCAGGGUUCCGAUAUUGAGGCCGACGCGGACGCCGAAACGACCGGAACCUCAGCCGGGACAAGACAGAGGCCAGCCUUGGCCUGAUAUUUGCGGCCGGGUUCGAUAUAGUACCAGGCUCCCAAGGUGAGCUGAAAGCGAGUCAUGUGCUCGUCGUGAUUGAGGCGGUUAUGAUGAUGCGGGGAACUGCCACAAAAAUAGUAGAUACCACGGGAUCCAGAGCUUGGGGAUCUGUCAGUAUCUUAGAGGCUCACUGCAGCCAACCGAACGGGUGACACCCACGCGUGCACCUCUGUGGCGCCAUGCAGAUACGACCGGAAUCCCCCCUGGGGUUAACGGCUUCCCACAGCGUGGCGACAACGGUGCGGUCCUAGAUCCUGAACCAAAUCUCAAAAUAGAC